AUGGAAAUCAAAAUUCUCACCUCGCUGGCUCGAGGCCAGGCUGGAAUCCUGCACCACAUUACCGCCAACCUCGUCUCCUUCGAAUACACCCGUGGCGCGCCCCACAAACCACACACCCUCGUCUUCGUAGGCGGUCUGGGUGACGGCCUUGGCUCCGUUGAGUACCUCAGCGACAUCGUACGUGCCCUUGACUCCACGGAAUGGACUGUGUUCAACUUGAUUCUGUCCUCCUCGUACGGCGGCUGGGGCAUGGGCCGGCUCGGCACCGACAUCGACGAGAUCGCGCAGACAGUAGAGUACAUCCGCGAGUACAAGGAGCCGCACUAUGGGGUCGGCAAAGUGGUCAUCAUGGGCCACUCAACGGGCAGUCAGGACGUGAUGCACUACAUCAACUGCCCGAACCCACGGCCAGCGCACCCGAUCUUCGACAAGUGCUGGGAGCCGAUUUUGCGGACGCCGGUUGACGGUGCGAUCAUGCAGGCACCUGUGUCGGACCGGGAGGGGAUUUUGUGGGUUGUGAAGUGCGGCACUGCGAGGGAUAGCCCUGCGGCGAUGCGGGAGCUGUAUAACAAGGCCGUGGAGGAUGCGAAGCGCGAUACGUACGAGGAUAAUGAGUCAGUGGAUACUAUUGUGCCGCUGUCAGUGACAGGCCGCAUUGGGUAUCCACCCACGGCGCCCGUUAGCAGCCGGCGGUUCCUGAGCCUGGUUAGUCCCGACAGUCCCGAGAAGCCCUCGGAGGAUGACUUGUUCAGCUCAGAUCUGAGUGACGCACGAUUGAAGGAGACCUUUGGAAUGGUGGGAACGCGGGGGCUGUUGAAUCAGAAGUUAUUGGUGAUGUACUCCGGUCGCGACCAGUCUGUUCCUCCGUGGGUGAAUAAGGAAGGUCUGCUGAAGCGGUGGCAGAAGGCUAUUAAUGCUGACGGGCGUGACUUCUGGGAUCAUCGUAGUAUGGUCAUUCCUAAUGCAUCUCAUGCGCUCAGUGACCCGGAUCAAGCAGAGCCUCGGCGGAUUCUGGUUGAGAGGGUGACAUCUUACUUGAAUGAUAUUCAGAAGGCAUGA